AAUAAUAUUUCGUUCAAAAUAACAACAAAAAAACACUGGUUUGUUAAAGUACCUGUGACUGAAAUUUCAUUACCAGCUCUUCCCCAGCUGAGCACGCCAGUCAGCUAAGGCACAUGCAGCUGCCGGGAGCCCCGUUGUGUUGUCUUGAAGAGCACUAACGUCAAUAUUUUUUUUGUUUCAGACUGACUUUUCUCACGGACAUGACCGCGCUUUUUGACCGAUUUCACAACUUCAUCUUAUCGUUAACGCGAGGGGAAGACGGUGUCUGCGCCUGCACCUGCGGAAGCGAUCAAGUCUAUCAUGUUGUUCCAUAUAACGGGGGCCGAGCUGGGGUGGAUUCUAGUGAAAUCUACUUUUUGAGUGACAUCAUGACCAGGCAGGAGAAGGACGUGAUAGUUGGACUGCUCUUGGGCCUCUGCAUCAGCUGGUUCUUGCUUUGGCUGGAUAGUGUUUGGCAUUCAGAGCUCAAAUGCUGGAGGACAAACCAAAUGACUGAUGGGGGUUUUUGGUCACGGAUGCCUAAAUUCUCGUUCAAGCAGUUGCAUCCAAAACACACAAAGGGCCCCGAGGAGAAGCAAGAUGUGCACCAUAAUGUUAAUGAAAGCAUUGACAAAGAAAGUGUGGAUUAAAUGCAAUAAUUACUGCA